AUGCCUCUCGUUUCAAUUCACAUCGUCAAAGGAGCUCGUACUCCGUCUGAAGUACAAGACCUGUCUAAUGUGAUACAUCGAUCGCUCCAGGCGGCGUUCAAGACACCUGCGAAGGAUAGACUACAGAUUAUUACCCAACAUGAAGAUUACGAACUCAUCUUGGAUGACAACGGAUUGGGCUUCCAAAGGACCAAGAACAGGGUGCUGAUCCUCAUCACUCAACAAGGUCGCACAUCAAUCGAUAAGCAAGAACUUUUUGCGACUCUGGCAGAAGACUUGAGCAAAUCAUGUGGCUUGAACAAUACCGAUCUCAUGGUAUCUAUUACGACCAAUUCAAAGGAAGACUGGAGCUUCGGUCAAGGAAAAGCACAGUUCCUCACAGGAGACCUCUGA